AUGACCGAAAUCCAAACGACCUUUCAGUAUGCCAUGAGCUCCAACAAUGCUUGGGCUGGCUAUAAGGCACACCAGAACCCAAGCUUCUUUCAGCAGUUGGCCACUAGCCAGACACCCCAGAUCCUCUGGAUUGGCUGCUCAGACUCCCGCUGUCCCGAGACAACGAUCCUCGGCCUGCAGCCGGGUGAUGUGUUUGUGCACCGCAACAUUGGCAACAUUGUGUCGGGCAGCGACCUCAACACCUCGGCUGUGAUUGACUAUGCGGUCGCCCACCUCAGGGUCAAGCACAUCAUCCUGUGCGGCCACACUGGCUGUGGCGGGGCGACAGCAGCCCUGCACGACACGCCAGUCGGCGGCGUGCUCGACGUCUGGUUGACGCCGCUGCGGGCGAUCCGACGAGAGCAUGCCGACGAGCUGGCGGCCAUCACCGACGUCAAGGCGCGGGCCGUCCGCAUAGCCGAACUCAACGUCGAGUCUGGGGCCCGGGCGCUGAUGGCCAACCUGACGGUGCAGGAGGCCGUGCAGGAGCGCGGUCUUGAGGUGCACGGCGUCAUCUUCGAGCUGGACAGCGGCCGGAUGCACGAUCUCGGCGUGGGCACCGGCAGGUCAACAGCCCAUGCCAAGAGCAUCGUCCGCGGCAAGCACGCCGCUCUCGUCUUUGCGGGCGACAACGCAUCCAUGGCCGUCCGGUGA